AACCAAAUGGUAAUUUGUAAUGUUCAUUGGAGUAUUCAUUACCUAAGCUAACUACCAAAUAUUAUUUUUUAACUACCCAUUUCCCUCCACCUUAACAGCCUUCUUCAACCUCCUUAAUUCUCCUCUUUCUGUCUUUCCAUCUUUCCCACAAAGCCAGCUUAAAACUCCCCAAAAAUUUCUUCUUUAAGCAACCCAUCAAAUAAAAAACCAAUUAAAGUACAAAAAUUUCACCAUUUUUUCUCUAUCUUGUGCAAAACUUCAGAUCUCACACCUUUCAACUGCCUUUUCUGCACAUUACAGCAACUUUUAUUCAUAAAUUUUGUCAAAGAUCUUGGCUUUACUAGAUUGUUUUUUGUAUUGUUUCUUUUUUGGGGUUUUAUUGAUUUUUUUUUUGAUGAAUUGGAAGUAUAAUACAGGUUUGUUCCUUAUAGGAACUGUUGUUGUCAUAUGGGUUUCCUCUGCUGAAGUUACCCAGGGCAUAUACAAUGCAUAUAAACAGCCAUUUGCAGUGACAUAUCUUGGAGCAUCUCUAAUGGUCAUUUACCUUCCCAUAUCCUUUUUGAAGGAUUGUUUUUAUCGAAAAAUGAAAAGUUCAUCAAGGAGUGGGAAACUUACAGAAACUGUAAGAGAUCCUAUGGACAUACUGGAUUCCCCUCUUAAAUAUGUUGAGCAAAAGAUAUGUUCAAUGGACCUUGAGGGGGCUCCUAUGAAAAAGGGCAGUGAUUUGAACCUUUCGUUACAAGAAGAAAAGCCUUUUCUUGAUGAAAGUUUAAGGAAGCAGGAGAAAGAGCCCACCAAAUGGGAUAUUAUUAGAUACGGUUUAUAUCUCGCUCCUCUUUGGUUUGCAGUUGAGUAUCUCUCGAAUGCAGCCCUUGCUCGUACUAGUGUUGCAAGUACUACAGUCUUAUCCUCUACUUCUGGGCUUUUUACUCUUUUCAUCGGAGUGCUCCUUGGAGAAGAUUCGCUGAACAUGGCAAAGGUUGUUGCUGUAUUUGUUAGCAUGGCCGGUGUUGUCAUGACGACUCUGGGAAAAACUUGGGCUGCUGAUGAGUCGCAACUUAGCAGUUCAAGCGAUGGAGAACGUUCACUUCUCGGGGAUCUUUUUGGACUUCUAUCAGCUAUGUCAUAUGGGCUAUUCACUGUGCUGCUGAAGAAGUAUGCUGGCGAGGAAGGAGGAAAGGUCGAUGUCCAGAAGCUUUUUGGAUACAUAGGUUUCUUCACUCUUGUAGCCCUUUGGUGGCUUGUUUGGCCAUUAACAAUUUUAGGAAUUGAACCGAAAUUCACGAUCCCACACUCCGCUAAAACAGAUGAAGUAGUUAUUGCCAACGGACUGAUUGGAAGUGUUCUCUCUGACUACUUCUGGGCAUUGUCUGUUGUAUGGACAACUCCGUUGGUUGCAACUUUGGGAAUGUCUCUUACGAUCCCUCUUGCAAUGUUAGCUGACAUGAUCAUACAUGGUCGACAUUACUCAGCGGUCUAUGUCCUUGGCUCAGUCCAGGAGGCAAUCGGAAACAAACUCUUUAUUAUAACAAGGGUAAGUUUUGGUACAACCUAUCCCAAACCCAACUGAAGCCAUAGCCACUUGGCAUUGAGAUAAUUUCAUUGAGUUUGACAACAUGUACAACACUCUAUUAUCCUACUCUAUUAUCCUAAUCCCAUUAAGUGCUCCAACCUAGACUUCCAUUAAGGCUAGAUUUGGUGGUUGGAAUCUAGAAUGUAGGCUACCUCACCCUUGUAAAAACAAGGAGGUUGUUUCCAUUUACCUUUGGUAACAAACAUUAUCUCAACUUCUCAUGAAUAAGAAGCGCACAUGAUUUAUGCAAUGGAAAAACAUUAGAAUGACGGAAAGGGGCGUCGCUCCCUGAAAGUUAACAUGAAGUUCGAAUCGAAUUGGCUCGUCUGAAAGUUCAAAUCCACUUAGAACAAUGGAAAUUAAAACUCCACUUAGAACAAUGGAAAUUAAAACCUUACCAUGGUUGAAACUUGAAAUUAUUACCUUCUAACAAACCAAGUCUUGUAUGCCCUAUUACUUUAUUGCAAAGCAACUAAGAAAGUUGUUUGAAACUUAACAUAAAUAGUAAGAAGAUCGAGUUAAAAAUACAAUAAAGUGCGUGUUUGGAUAGUGAGGACCGCGUCCCCACGACCCAGUGUAACUUCGCCCUUGGAUACCUAUUGAAGAUUGAAUAGAUAUAAUCAACUUCCUCAAACUCGUUUAUGAAAACUGGUA